GCAACUAUCUUGGGCCUGGGCAGGAACUGGAAUCUUCCUUGGCUGGGACCCAGAGACAUUAACUCUUUGCGGGUCCCUAGAGGAGAGCAGUGGUUACCACCAUGUCAGUGGCAGGCAUCUGUGUGGUGCUCCAGGUUGACCCAGGUUCUGACUCGGCACUAUUUUGGGUGGUGUAGACCCCGCCCCCACCUCGGACCGAGCCCUGGCUGUCCAGGCAGCUGGAGGGGUCGCGCUGCACCUCGGACAAGCGCCGCCGACGCGUCCGCAGCCAUGUCUGGCCGCUCGGUGCCACAUGCCCACCCGGCCACCGCCGAGUACGAAUUUGCCAACCCGAGCCGCCUGGGCGAGCAGCGCUUCGGAGAAGGCCUCCUGCCAGAAGAGAUCCUGACCCCCACCCUCUACCAUGGCUACUAUGUCCGGCCCCGGGCCACCAGAGCUGGGGAAGGCAGCAGGGCAGGGGCCUCUGAGCUCAGGCUCAGUGAGGGCAAGUUCCAGGCAUUUCUGGAUGUGAGCCAUUUCACCCCAGAUGAGGUGACCGUGAGGACUGUGGACAACCUGCUGGAGGUGUCUGCCCGGCACCCCCAGCGCCUGGACCGCCAUGGCUUCGUGUCCCGAGAGUUCUGCCGCACCUAUGUCCUGCCUGCUGAUGUUGACCCCUGGCGGGUUCGUGCUGCUCUCUCUCACGAUGGCAUCCUUAACCUGGAGGCGCCUCGGGGUGGCCGACAUCUGGACACAGAAGUCAAUGAGGUCUACAUCUCCCUCCUCCCUCCACCCCCUGACCUGGAGGAAGAGGAGGAGGCAGCCAGAAUUGAGCCCUGAGUGCCACAGACCCAGUACCCAGCCAGCAGCUGCCACCACCCCAGAGGUAGCAGCAUCCUUGGGGGAAGGGAAAAGUGCAUGGGCCACAGUGUAUGGUUUGGUCCUUUGGGACGUGUCCUAGCUUUUAGUUUAGUUCUGGGAAGAGCUGAAUAAACCCAAAUCGCAGGGCCUUGUUUGUGCUGCCUCCUAUUCUGUGGCCUGGAGGAUGGGGUGGGAAGGGAGGAGGAGGUCAUAGCUAGAAAAAAAGCUCCUCAGUUAGAUGUGCUCAACAUUGCAGAACCCCGAGCUCACACUUGGAUGCUGAGAUCACACCCGGAAGCUGACACUGGCUCCUGAUCACAUUCCUAGCCAUAAUUUUCUCACAAUGCAACAAAGGAGAGUGAUCCUGGGAGGGAAAAGGGAUAUGCCAUCUAAACAACCCACAGGGCACUGUCUGAGCUGGUGAUUAGAGACACAAAAACAAGGGUCUCCAGACUGUCUGGCCUGUUUUGGGUAGGGGUUGGAAAAACAGGUUUUGGCUGGAGAGAGUUGCCUAAAGCCCUGUUUUCCCAUAUUAAGGUCUGUCCACUGAAAAAUGGUCUCUGAUUCUGAGGGACCAAGUAAGUAUAUAUACUCAGGGGCACAGGCACAGAAACCUCUGCUUUUGUCACCGAACCCCAUAGUCUCCCACCUUCUGCACAAGGGGAGGCCCAUGAGAGAAAGCAUCAGCCUCGUAUCUUAGAACAUCCCAAAGAGAGGAAUCACUGCAUCACCCAAUGUAAUCUGAGACUAAACGCAGGGGAUCGAGGGCUACUGGUGUGAUUGCAAUGGCCAGGGAAGUGUCCUUUGGAAGCAGGGUGUUAUUACUAGAGCUAUGGUGUGUGCAGGAAAGCCUGGGUUUCUGACCCCAGUUACUCUCUGUAAUCAAGAAAGUAUGUGUGAAUAUGAUUUGGGAAGUGUCAGAAGAUCUCCCUGCCCCAAAAUAUAUCUUUUAUGAGGCUGAGGUAGAUAUCUGAAAUUCUUCCACUAAAGUGGUUGCUUCUUAACUUUGUUGGGUUACAGACCUAUUUGAAAAUCUGAGAGAAGCCAUAGAUCAUCUUACCAGAAAAAUACAUAUGCUCCCAAAUUUGGCAUACAAUUUGAAUAGAGUUCUUGAGAUCCAUUCAUAUGCUCCUCUUAGGCACUGUGGAUCCCCAGGACAAGAAUCCUCACUUGAAGAAUCCAAUUUUUGGUUAAAGGAUUACCAUCAAUUUAAAAUGAAAGCAGCCUAGCCAGUGUAGCUGAGUGGAUUAAGUGUCAUUCCGUGAACUGUGAGG